GAUCUACCUCGACAAAUGCUAGGUCUGCUAAAUUGGUACAAGGGUUACAUAAAACAUAAAAACGCCAAAGACUAUAUCUAUGCGGAAGUUAGAUAUGAGCAUCACUUCAAACAUUACUGGGUACAAAUUCCUCUGAGUGAAUUGUUCCAGCUGUUCAAUCUGCGCGACCUCGACAAAUCUAUCAUCAGUUGCUACGUUCUAAUGAAGAAGCGGGAAAUGCGAAUAAGGAACAUCCAUGAUGUUGGGUUCAUUGACCCACACAUCGUUAAUUCACAUGUGUUAGAACACCACCCCGCCGACGUGGAGGAUGACCUGUGGCGGUUUAUUAGAAAACAGCAACAGAAAAGUGAUAUUCUAUUUCCUUACCAUUUUGGGUUCCACUGGAUUCUUAUGGUAAUUAAAGUUCAGACCUCCUCAGUUCUCGUCCACGACUCUCUGAAUAUGGAUCCGGCGCUUUGGGGCGACAUGAGAAAAAUGAUGCAAAAGGUUUGGAGACGGUUCGUAGAUACCAAGGUCGGUGAAUUCAAAAAAGAGCUACAUUUUAAAAUGGCAGUGCGGACGACUGGGGAUACUCAGCCACCGGGGACCAACCUAUGUGGAUACUAUGUUUGUGAGAGGAUCCGGAGAUACUGCAAUGAGCGGGACCAGACGUGUGAGAACAACAUCCUGAGGAAUAACCUCCGGAAGACGCUUAGUCCAGAAGCUCGCUUCCGACCACUUCAAGAGGAACUAGCUGGAUGGUUGGCGAGGGAAGUCAUCGAUCCUAAAGGAGAACACUAUUACGAUGACGUAGAACUUUAUAUGCACCAGAAUUUGUAACUAACUUGUUCAAAAUUGUAUAUGGUCAUCCGAUAUUGAAUAUAUAUUGUAUAUGGUCAUCCGAUAUUGAAUAUAUAUUGUAUAUUCCUCUUGAAUUCUUUUUGGUUCUAAUUUCAAAUUUGUUUGAAAUUGUACAUUCAUAUGCAUGUAUGUAUACAGUACCGUAGAAUA